UGCAAGAAAAUAUUGCGGCUUAGUGUUCAAACGUUCAGUUAUUCAGCUCUUGAGCGCUCAAAUGAGAAUUAGGCACUCUUACAGAACGAACUACUUCGCUACGCCAUCUUGUUGCGGAGGGAUACCCUCAUCUGCCUUCGGCCUCAGCGACCAACCAGCGCCUCGCUAGCCUCGCCUAGCCGGACGGCGCUCUGUGUUUCCGUGCGGGCCGCAGCUCGGAGCUGCUAGCUUGGUGGUCUGUGUAGUAGUUGGGUGUAGUUUUGCCCGUGGCUGGCGCUUGUGCGUGUGUGUGUUCAUGCUUGCCGUGUUUCAUGUGUUCGUGCGUGCUGUAUGUGCUGCGCUCCGUGAGCUGCCGUGCCAGGCCUAUCUAGCCAUGGACGACGGUGUUGGCCCGUCGAUGAUGAACGCGGCGGGCACCGCGCCGUCGCGCUGACCGAGCGCGAGAGAAGCGGUCGGCUCCUGCACCUCUUCGUCGCCGUAAUCGUCUGCUAGGGGAAACCGGGAGGGGACGCCAUCAUGGGAAGCUGCUUCAGCCGAUCGGCGGGCUCCAAGUCGACGUCGAAGAAGGAGUCGGUGCAGGCACCCGUCGACCGGGGCGACGUCGCCUCGAUCAAUAUCGGCCCGGUGACCACCCACGAACCCGUGUCGGGCCGACCCGUGCACCACAUCGAGCUCGCGGGCGGAGGCGGCGGCAUCGGUCGCAAUGGUCCCACGGUGCCGAUCGCGGUGCAGCCCGACGUCGAGACGUCGGCGGGGCCCGUCUCGGGUGCCAAGAUAUUCGUCGCGCUCUACGACUACGACGCGCGCACGGACGAGGACCUGAGCUUCAAGAAGGGCGAGCACCUCGAGAUCCUCAACGACACCCAGGGUGACUGGUGGUUCGCCCGCUCCAAGUCGACCAAGCAGGAAGGCUACAUUCCGUCCAACUAUGUGGCCAAGCUCAAGUCCAUCGAAGCCGAACCUUGGUACUUUGGCAAGAUCAAGCGCAUCGAGGCGGAGAAGAAGCUCCUGCUGCCUGAGAACGAGCACGGGGCCUUCCUGGUGCGAGACAGCGAGAGCCGCCGCAAUGACUUCUCUCUUUCGGUUCGGGACGGUGACACAGUGAAGCACUACCGAAUUCGGCAGUUGGAUGAGGGUGGCUUUUUCAUCGCCCGGCGGACAACAUUCCGCACUUUGUUGGAGCUUGUGGACCACUAUGCCAAUGAGGCCGAUGGUCUCUGCGUCAACCUGCGCAAGCCCUGUGUUCAGGUGGAGAAGCCGAUGACCAGUGGCCUGUCGCAUUCCACGCGCGACCAAUGGGAGAUUGAACGAAGCUCGCUUAAGUUCGUCCGCAAGCUCGGCCAGGGACAGUUUGGCGAGGUCUGGGAAGGCCUGUGGAACAACACCACGCCCGUCGCCAUCAAGACACUCAAGCCAGGGACUAUGGACCCGAAGGACUUCCUGGCAGAGGCGCAGAUCAUGAAGAAGUUGCGUCACCAGAAGUUGGUGCAGCUGUACGCAGUGUGCACCCUGGAGGAGCCCAUCUACAUCAUCACUGAGCUGAUGAAGCACGGCUCGCUGCUCGAGUUCCUGCAGGGCAAGGGCCGCUCGCUGCAGCUGCCCCAGCUCAUCGACAUGGCCGCGCAGAUUGCGGCCGGCAUGGCCUACCUCGAGGCACAGAACUACAUCCACCGCGACCUAGCCGCACGCAACAUCCUCGUCGGGGAUGCCAACGUGGUCAAGAUAGCGGACUUCGGUCUCGCGCGGCUCAUCAAAGGUGGGCAGGAUGAGUACGAGGCUCGUGUAGGGGCCCGCUUCCCCAUCAAGUGGACGGCCCCCGAGGCGGCCAACUACUCCAAGUUCUCAAUCAAAUCGGAUGUCUGGUCUUUCGGUAUUCUGCUCACCGAGCUGGUCACCUAUGGACGCAUUCCUUACCCAGGCAUGACCAACGCUGAGGUUCUUCACCAGGUUGAGCACGGCUACCGGAUGCCCUGCCCUCCAGGCUGUCCUCCGGCGCUGUACGAGAUCAUGCUGGAGACAUGGCACAAGGACCCAAUGAAGCGGCCUACUUUUGAGACUCUGCAGUGGAAGCUCGAGGACUUCUUUACCAUGGAGGGUUCGGAGUACAAGGAGGCCGCCAUGGCCUACUGACGUUCCGGUGGCGGGCUAUGCUGCCAGCCACAGGCGAUAACCACGCCGCCCAUCUACUGAGAGACAUGCUGGAGAGAGAGAGAAAGGCGCGACAUGCGCGACUCCCGCCACUGGCCUUGCUGCAACUGCCAUUCCGUUUUCACGGUGCAUCUGGGCAGACUGUUCCGCUGUCACCGCGCGGUGCUGACAGUGACCCCUGCUGGCCACACUCGCAGACACGUACCACCUCUGUAGGUGGCCAUUCGUAGCGAGAACAUCAAGUCCUGUUCCAACUGCUGCAACCGACAGGGGCUCGGUAGGUUGACUGGUCCACAGGUCAACGUAUCCUUCAAGUUCCUGCAGUGCCGGUGAGACAGCGGACAAUCGGCUCUGCUUCCAGAUGCAUGCCUGAAGUUUAACUGAAGUAACGGACACACCGGUGGGGUUUGUCUGCACUGGAGCCGCUUAUUGCACCACGAGUUUUGUGGCAACAGCAAGGCAUCUGGGAGUGACCAUCUUCUCCAGGACACAGGACAUCUUCUCCAGAUGUCCACAGGCCUGCCAACUGCCUCGGACAACUAGUACCCUCCUGUUUUCUUUCAACUAGCCAGGCUUCGUGUCAUCUCCCUGGCCUUGCUUGUGCCCUCGAGGGCAUAUUCUUUACCGUGCUUAUUGCACAACCACUGCUCUGGUGCCUCUCUACACCUACCAAGGAAUUCCUCUUUUUUUCUUAAUAUUAUGGCGUUUCAAAACAGAGCUAUGUUUUCAACAUGCAACCUUCACAAGCCAUGGUGGCUUUUGUUGCUGAAACCUGGACGUAGCUGAGCACACAUUGCUAGGAAUUGACAGCUCCUCUGUCAGCUCCCUACAUCUACUUCUGCAGCGGCAUGGCAUUGCUUAUGACAGUGGGGGGUGCGACAUUCUUCCCGAGCUACUUGCAUUAUUUACUUUUAUGUAAACCUUUUAUUGGCUUGGGGAUAACAUAAGAUUACAGUAAGGGCACAGCGUAUUGUGCUGCCCCUUGACAUUUUAUGCAGUCUCAUAAAUAAAGCAAGUGCAAAUAUCUUAUUCUUUUUGCGUUAUAAUCUCUUUUUGGCCUGCUUGAAUUAUUUUAGUAGUCGUAAGCUGUUGUUUUAGUAUUUGGAAAGAAAGGCAGAAGUGCAGAUUCAAACCUUCUCGGUAUCUCCUGUCACGGUCGCAGGUUUAUCUCCGCUCAGUUGGCCAGAUUUCUCUUUUGCAAGCUAAGCUUUCCAUGUACCAAGGCACAAACCUGUUCCGAUUUCCAUUGCAACAGUUUCCCAGCGUAGCAGUGUUCAGAGUAAGUGAACUUUGCUGGCACAAGUUUGUAAGCAGACCAGCUCACCUUCACCUCUGAAACUGCCUUCAACGUGCACCAGCCUUGCAUGGUUCAGUGAAAUCUGGAUCUAAUAAACACAGACAGAAUGAACUAUCAGAGGUAACAAAAGUAAUGUAAAAAACUGCCAAUUUUUCCCUGCCGGUAGUGUAUGCAUAUCAUGAAUGUCAGAUAUAUUGCGUUGUAUGCGGUUUCGUUAUGACGAGGCUCAACGGUAAAGUCAUUUAAGGCGUGCAGUGUUGUCGAAAGACACCCGAGCAAUGGUUGAAGUGUUUGCAAGUAAUGCGGCUGUGCUGCCAAGCUUUCCUCUUCCCCGGCCUCUGUCUCUCUGGAUGCGUCAGUGCAUGGUACGGCCUUCUUCAGUGCUGCCACCAACUCCCCUACUCUAGUCGUCCCCCAGGAAGAGGACGAAAAUGAGAGAUGUCUCUCUCGCUCCUUCACCCGUCAGCGUCACGACAGCGGUGAUGUUCCAUGUGCGUUCUGGAGAGUGGGGCUCGGACCCCCCCUGACGGCCACGGCUGUGACCUCCGGUGCCGCUGCCGUUGCCAUUCGCUGCCAUACAUUCUUCAGUGAGCUGCGACAAACUGACGUGUGCCCGGCCGACCACUUUCGUCGCUGGCGUGCUGAAGUGCGCAAACUUGUGCGUGCGUUGUGUGCUCCGAACCAAUGUAAACAUGAGUUGCAAUUGUGUGUGUGCGAGUUCCGUUUUCGCAUUACUUUUGUGUGCUAGUGCUUUUUAAGUGAUGCCUUAUCUCUUGCAACAGGUCUGCUCGCGUAUUUUUUAUUUUUAUUUUUACAAUAGCAGGCUUUGCGAGGGCAGUCUUUGUUUGAAGAGAUGUGACACAGUGGAGUUUAUUUGUUUUGUUCUUCGUUCCCUGGACAAAAAUGACUUACAAACUAGGGCUCCCACGGACCGUUUUAGAAGCACGUACCGCUUUUGGUUUAGUCGUGCAUUUUUAAAACUUUGCUUUGCUUCUAUUUGUGCUAAAUCUUUUUUUUUUUUCUUCUGCCAGAAAAUGCUUUGUGAGGACGGUAGCCUACCGUCGAGGCUUACGGGCCCGUCACUUUGCCGUAGGCUCUAUCUAUGUGCGUAGCUGUUUGACUAUUUUUGUAUUCUCUAGGGCUCAUCAUGACGGCAUCCCUGCGCUUCGAUGUGGAGAGUAGCGUGUAAACCUUCUUCGUAGCGUUGUGAUCGUCCACAUGCACGACUCACUUGGUGUCCUAGUUCUGCGGGGGCGUCUGCACUUGAAGGAGAUCGGACUUCUUCUCGCCCAUGACUUGCGGGACUGCUUAGCAGUGGUGCUGUUGCGUUUAUUCCUUUUCUGUAACCUUUUUAUUAAGAUACUUAGUGCCUGUCGCAGGAGGGGCUCACUACUUGGAAACUCGUGCAACGGAAGUGUGUGUUGUGUCCCUUUAUAUUCACACGGAAGGAAGCAGCAUGUGGAACUGCAGGCACCUGACAAGUGCGAUCAUUCAAAGAUAGGGAGUGAUACAUUUGCACGUGGAACUGAGCUGGGUUUAUGAAUUUGACAAAAUGUGCUGCAUUGUUGAGGAAUUCACUUUGCCAUGUCGUCAUGAUCUUGCACGCUGUGUAUUCGUAAGAUCUGAAGGGACUCUAAAGAGAAAAAUCAUUCCAUCCGUAUUAGUAAAUUACCCUUCUACAAUAAAAAAUAAGAAAGCCAUCCUUACCGUCAGCUGAGGUAAGCCAGAAAGGCCGUAAAAUCAAAAGACAGGUGGCGACACCACCUUGAAGUUCCCGCACUAGCUGAUUGUGACAUCAUAGAUUUUGAUAGUGUCUGCUCGAACCUGGUUAAUCGUUUGUCUGCAAAAAUAUACUGCGUAAAGGCGAUAAAGAUUGCACCUGGCAAGUUUUGUGAACUUUUACUGAGCCAGCGAGGCCCAAGUAUGAAAAAGUAAUUUGAAAUCCGUGACAUCGCGCUGAUGCACCGGUGCCAGUGUAUUGGCACGAAAUAAAAAGAUAUUUCCUUUUCUCUUUUAAUAACUGGCCUAUUAUCACAAAAUUAAUGGAAAUAGAGUUUUCGAAGAAUAUGUUGUCGCUCUAAAGUCGUUUGUUGUUUCUCUUUAGUGACCCCGUAACGGUGACUGCCACUGAGGUCACGUCGGGACACUUUUGUCCGGGGGGGGCAGCUAUGCUAAGGCUGCUCUGCGUGAUCAACUAUGCCAACCGAGAUCUCCAUGGUGUUGCCUGCGGUUCCAUCGUCUGUUUCCUUUCCAACACAGCCUUCGAUCUCUCAUCGAUGACAUCAUUUUUAAUUGGUAAACACCAUUUGCUGCUCUCUUUUCGUGGACCGUAUUGUCAUGGAUCCUACAUUUCUCAAGACGUCCUCUCACUGAUGCCUGUGUUUGGUGCUUCUCCUAUAUUUUUUUAACUGUAAAAACGUUCUCCAAAGGUGCAUUCUAAUCGGUGAAGUUGGUAAGAUCUGCUAAUCAUAGGCAGAGCUGACUGCUCGCAAGGGAAGUGUCCGUAUCUCGUAUCAGGUUGGGCUGGUACUACUACUACUUUUUUUUAGGAUGUUUUUCUUUUAGCGAUGUCAUGGCUCAUUGUUCUUUCAAGCAACCCUCACUUGUUAAUGGUUGCGACAUAAAAACCAUCCUUCGGUUCUCAUCUUCUGAAAGUGUGUCACGUGAUGUGACGUGACCGUGGCCGAGUGGUUUCACUUUUACUCCUUGACACUGCCACGGCCUUCUUUCUUUUUAGGCAGCCUGUGAGUCGAGUCACCUUCAUAAAUGUAGGCAGUCUACUGGAAAACAUGCAUAUCUUCAAGGCAAGCUCUGGCCAUAUCGCUUAAGAAGGGACUGGACAGUGCUUUAGCUUUUUGUACGCAACAGCCGGCGGAGCCGACUUGCAGCAGCACUGUUGCUUGCUGGCGCUCUGAAAUGUGCUGUCUGCAGUGUAACAUUUCUUGUCAGCUGCGUUCGUGUGUAAAAAUAUUUGUAUCGUUUUUGUGCGUAUUGCCCAGAAGCCGUUUGGACGUGCAACCAGAUGUUAGUACGGUGUACUGUACUGAACUAUUGCACUGCAACUCAGGCCUGUUUGCUUUCAUUGGACAGCAGUUUCUCCCAAUCUCUUGUUAACGGGCAGGGAAAUGGGCAUGCUGUGGACUGGUCUAUACAAAAUGUGCACAAAAUGAAAUGUUUUGUUUUUAUAGCGAGUUUUAUUAACUACAGCCUUCUGUCUCGGGCUGCCAAAUGUGAAAGGAUCUGCAGUCGUCUUGCCUGCCUGGCAUUGUUGCGACUAAUCCUCAAGCUGCAAAACAGCUUUGCAAACGUGUCAGGCAUAGCGCAAGUUGCUUUGACUGAGUGUUGCCAUUUUUCUAAUGUGAAAUUUAGUUCCUCAGUUAGCAAUUAAGGGCAAAAUUUAGGAGCCCAGAAAUUUAACAGCGCGUUCUGGCCUAGCAACAUGAACAAAAUGAUUGCCCAAGACUUUCACUGUAGCAUUUCUUGUUGGCCUAAAUGAAUGAUAACUAAAGGAGCGCUAGAUCGAUGAAAGAUGGGAGCAGGAAGGCGACAGCAUGAGUGCUUAGCGUAUAACACGGGAAAGAGUAAUGAAACUGAGGAGGAUAGACUGCUGGGCGAGCUGGUAAUGCACGAUAAGUAAAGGAGUGCUAGAAAGAUGGAACAUGAAGAACAAGACGGAGCACUCAUGUUAUCGCCUUCUUGUUACUGUCUUUCGUCCAUCUAGCGCUCCUUCAUUUGUCAGCAGUAUAUCCUUCUUACCUAAAUGACAAUGGAGUUUUGAAUUUCCACUUGCAUGGUUUCUUACGGAGUAUGUGCUGGAAAAACUGAACUUAAUUUCUGUUUGGGAGCUUGUGGAAGUUUGGAUGAGGUGAUGUCAAACCUGCUUACAAAAGGCUAAUGAAAUUAAAGGUCGCUAGAAGAGUUUUAGCUUGAGGGCAACCAUUCUCUUGAAUGGCUUGCAGGAGAUGUACAUGAGUGAUCACAUGUACACACAAGCACCACAACCAACUGACUGUUCAAAACAAUGUGCCGCAGCAAAUAAUACAAACUUGCCUAAAUGUCCUUCUGAGGGUGCCCAUAUUUUGUGUAGGCAUCAUUAAGAAAGGAAGAUGGUAGCUUAAAGGUCGGGAUGAAAAAUAUUGUCCCUGUGCAUAAAACCACGUCGCUUCUGCCAUCUUCUCACCCGCCAGGCAAGAGCCUUCUUGAAACAAUAAUGCGGCGGAUGCUGUUUUCAUUUGCACAGUUGAAGAAAUGUCUGUUGCUUAUGGCCUCUGUGCAAAAUCUGUGCUGCACUGAUGCAUGUUCCUUACAAUGUUUCAAGCAGUUCAAACUCUAGUGCACCAUUAAUAGGCAUGCAAGUUUAACUAUUUCUGACUGUGCUUGCUUGUUCCUCUUGUGAAGAAUGUUUAGAGUGUUUAUCAAACUGGACGUGUCUAUUGUUCUUGUUUGCUUUACAGUACGAGUUUGUGCAUGUGAUCUACGUAGCAAGAAAGAAAGUGAAAGACCAGCCUUGCUUAAAUAUGAAAACAAAGGCUGCAUUGAGAAUCGCAGAGCUGACAGUUGACAGAAGGGGGGUGGGGGGGUGGAAGGGUUUAACUUUUGUAAUAAAAUUUUGUUUCAGUCUGCAA